AUGACCCUCAAAGCACCUCUAAUACUCCCCCAGGAAACAGAACCCAUUAAUGCCAAUAACAGCUUUAAUCGCCAAGAAUUUAAUGGGGCUUCCUAUACAGGUGCGGUUCUCAACCUGUCGACCACCAUAAUCGGCGCCGGAAUCAUGGCGUUGCCGGCGGCCAUGAAGGUGCUCGGGCUCGGGCCGGGAGUCGCGGCCAUAGUGCUCGUCGCCAUCCUCACGGAGGUCUCUCUGGACUUCUUGCUCCGGUUCAGUAAAGCGGGCCGGGCCGUCACUUACGGUGGUGUGAUGGGGGACUCGUUUGGAGUUGUGGGCAAAAAACUGCUGCAAGUUUGUAUCUUGACUAAUAAUGCUGGGGUGCUUGUGGUGUACAUGAUCAUUAUUGGUGAUGUGCUAUCUGGAUCAUCUUCAAGUGGGGUUCAUCAUGCUGGAGUUUUGGAGGGAUGGUUUGGGGAGCAAUGGUGGAACAAACGGUUCUUCGUUCUUCUCGUGACGACCCUUUUCGUCUUCACUCCAUUGGCGUUUUUUAAACGCAUCGAUUCUUUGCGACACUCCUCGGCAGUGGCAGUUUUUCUUGCAUUUGUGUUUGUUUUCAUUACUGCUGCCAUUUGUGUGUACAAAUUGCUGCAAGGAACCAUUAAAAUGCCGAGAUUUUUACCGCUAGUUACUGAAAUGAGCUCCGUCUGGGCACUUUUCACGGUCGUCCCUGUUCUCGUGACUGCAUAUGUAUGCCAUUUUAACGUGCACAACAUCGAAACCGAGCUUCAAGACCCUUCAACCAUAAGAUCCGUGGUUCGAACUUCACUUGCCCUAUGCUCGUUCACCUACAUAAUGACGAGCUUUUUCGGGUUCCUUCUAUUCGGAGACUCGACUCUAGACGAUGUCCUUUCCAAUUUUGACACGAAUCUUGAUAUCCCUUUUGGUUCCAUGCUAAACGAUGUAGUUCGAAUUAGCUAUGCCCUUCACCUCAUGCUCGUUUUUCCCGUCAUAUUCUAUUCCCUCCGGUUGAAUGUGGAUGGCUUGAUUUUUCCGAACGCUGCUUGUCUGGCGGAUAACAAUGUUCGGUUCGGUUGGAUCACUUGUGGGCUCCUUUGUGUUAUUUUCUUGUGUGCGAAUUUCGUGCCGAGCAUAUGGGAUGCAUUUCAGUUCACGGGCUCGACUUCAACUGUGUGUAUUGGGUUCAUUUUUCCCGCCUCGAUUGCUUUGAGGGAUAUUCACUGCGUAAUCUCGAAAAAGGACAGAGUCUUGGCUGUUUUCAUGAUAGGACUCGCUAUUUUCACGAGUCUGGUGGCUAUAUACAGUGAUGCCUAUGCAAUCUUCAAGAAAAAAAAUGAAUAA